AAUUCAAUCGCAGAGAAAGAACUCAGCUAUCUUGACAAGAUCUCCAUACUUUACCCAUCGCAUCUCGGACGACCUACAAUGGCACCCAGCAUUCUUGACCAAAAAGCGUACACUUCGUACGGCGAUUGGCGCGAUGAAUUUUACCGCAAUGGAUAUGUCGUCCUAAAGAAUGUAAUCUCUCGCGAGAAAGCUCUCAAUUACCGCGAAAAGGCUCUUGAUUGGCUGCAGUCCUUCAAUACCGGUUUUGAUAUCAAUGAUCAAAGCACCUGGACUGCUAAAAACCUACCCCAGAGUUUCAAAGCUGGCAUGUACCUGAACUACUGUGCUGCCCACGAAAAGUACGUUUGGGAUGCAAGAAUGGAGCCAGAGAUCAUCAACGCCUUCGCCAAGAUUUGGGGCACCGACGAGUUGCUGGUAUCAUUCGACACCAUCAACAUCACCCUUCCCGGGCGCACCGACGUCGAGUGGUCGCCUUGGCCCCAUGUUGACCAAGCACCCGAGCGAAAGGGUCUGUCCUGCGUGCAGGGUAUCAUCAACCUUAGCGAGGCCGGACCCAAGGAUGGCGGGCUGAUGCUAAUGGAAGGUUCAUCCAAGCUAUUCGAUCGGUUCUUCAAACUGAACCCUCCUGACCGUACUCAGGGGAUUGGAGCAAAGCACUAUGACUUCUAUCCAUUCAAGGAGCACCACGUGAAGUGGUACGAAGAGCAAGGAUGUAACCUUAUAAAGGUCUGUGCUGAACCGGGUGAUUUGAUUCUUUGGGACUCCCGCUCCAUGCAUUAUGCGAAAUUCCCUGAGAGCGAUGAAAUCCGUACGAUAAUUUACGCCUGUUACACCCCUGCUUCUCAUGCCACUCCAGAGGAUCUGAAGAAAAAGGCCGAGCUUUUCCAUCGCUGGGAGACUACCACCCAUUGGCCUCAUUGCAACAUUCACGGCCACGGGAAGGCUAUGGUGGAUGGGAAGGUUGACCCUCUGGAAAGGGAUGAGCCACUCGAGAAGCCGGUUAUGACUGAUCGGCUGCUGCAACUCGCAGGAGUCAAGUCUUACUAGUGAUGUGUCCUUCAUGGGCACCAUCCUAGGAACAUGUCUUAUGAUGGUGAACGCUUGUGUGUUUUGUGUUGACAUGCUGUAUUGUAUUGAUUUGAGAAUAUUUUGAUUGUUACAAGUUACCGAA